UUGUGUUCAUGUGGUCAAUCUUAUCUAUUCACUCGAAAGACAUAAUGCAUUGCUUGAGGAUGCUAUGCUUCGUAUUGAAUGGGAUAAUUUCGACUUUUGCUUCUGAAAGUAAAGGUGAAGAUGGUUUCUUUAUGAACAAUGUGGAAUACAAAUAUACGAUGCUUGUGCUGUCCGUUUUGAAUUUCGGUCUACUGGUCCUGAUCGUAACAAUGUUCAUCAUUCUAUGGAAAUGGUGGAAAAUUGGAAAGUGUUUGAAGAAAUCCACAAAAUUGAAAGUGAAACAGGAAUCAAUUAAGGUUGAAAAUGUUGCUCCUGAAAAAAAAGAGAAGCCACAUGAAGAAUCGAAUGUUGGGGAACUUCCCAAGAAGCAAGUUUUUGAUGAUUCAACGCAAUACUUACAAUGCCAAGAGGAACAACCAAUUCGCUUUGUCUAUGAGGAAAUCUCAGAAGUACCAAAAUUACCACCAAAAAAAAAAAGAAUAAAGAAAACGCAAAAUAGUUGCAUAAAAAGGAUUUUUACUAAAAACGGAAGUAAAACACAAAAAGAUACUAUAAAGAUUUUGGGAGAAACAGAAUCUUUAAAGCCAAAAGAAUAUUCCAAGUUAACCGAACAAGCACUGGGUCCGUAUGUUUAUGAUGAGAUAAAGAUUGAUCCGACCAAUGGUAGCCUUCCAAGGAUAGUAACCUCUGAUUUUAAGCAGAAUGCACUUUAUACGGAGAUGCCUACGAUUGAAGACAGGUAGCAAGCACGGACAAAAUAACAGUCGCCAUAAUAUGCAUGUGACACAUAACAGAAACCUUGUUAACUGAAACCUGACAUUCGUACUAUUUUGAAAAUACCGAGUAAACGUUUUUGGUUUUAAAAAAAAAUGUUAUAUUUACAUCUACAGGGUAUGAUUCCCGUGUUUCUUACGGAAACUUUUUAAAAACUACAGGACUGAUAUGUACACGCCUCGUUUAUCGAUUGGUCGAAACUUACAGUUACCUAAGAAAAAUCACGGACUGCACGAAAUAAUCAUGAUGAUGUCAGCAUCAAAUUCCCCUAGGAAACGAUUUGGCUGUUUCUUUCAUUUAACGUAUUGAUGUACAUUUACAGUAAAUUAGUUAAUUUAACUUACUUUUUACAAUCAAUUUAUUAAGUUGUUAAAAGAAAGUAGUUAUACACAGGAAAAUGCUUUCUUAGAUGAUUCGUGCAAUUU